AUGUUGCACACGUCACUAUUGAAUGUACUAGGGAGACCAGUAUGUUCAAUGCCUUAUUUGUUCAGACCGAACCUUGCUCACAAUUUCAGGGGGAUCUUCCCUCAAGCAUUUACCCGGACAAUCCAAAACAAGACUCGUCGUGUCCGCGAGGGUCUCCUUCCAGAAAUCACGGAACAGGACUGCUCUGACCAAAUGAACAUUCUCUCUAAUGUUCUUUUACCUGAACUUGAUGUAGCACCUUUCGCCAUUGCCCAUGGCGAUAUAUCACUUGCCUUUUACAUCCGAGAAUGGGGUACAUGA